UUUAUUGAGAGAAUUAAAUUGACAUAUUUUGUUUAUCUUAAUCUGCAUAAUCGGCCAUACUGUUUGCUGAAUUCAAUGUAAAAAUAUACUCUCCGUUUCUCUCUCUAGAUUGAUUGACUUUCCUAAACCUUCUCUCUCAUCCCACACCAAACGCUUUAAAUAAAUACCACAACCCCAUCCCAUUCCUCUAGUUCCCUCACUGCAUGCUCCUCUCACAUUUCUCUCUCUAAAAAUCAAAACAACAAAACGCAUCAACUCCACCAAAUCAAUGGCAGUUGAAGCAAGGCAUCUCAAUCUCUUCCCACCACAACUCAUCCAAGACAGAGAGUUGAUGAACGCGAUUACUCAGGGAAACGGCGCGGCCGCCGCCUACAACGCGCAGCAGAUGCGGUUCCUCGGGAUCCCCUCCGCCGAGGCAUUGCCGGAAAAUCAGUUCUACCACCAGGCGGCGGCGGUGUGCGAGGCAAAGACCUCCGUCAACACCGACAGCGGCCUCACCUACAACAUUUCCGCCCCGAGAAAGCGCUCCAGAGACGCCUUCAAUCAAUUCCACGCCGUCCAGAAUUUCGCGGCGCUGCCGCAACAGCAGAAGAGCAGUAGCCUUAACCAACUGCCGACACUCGCCGGUGACGAUAUUAUGCCGCAAAUCCACCAGUAUCAGUUCGAGAUUGAUGCCUUAAUCUCUCAACAUACAAAGAAGAUUAGAUUGGAAUUAGAAGAACGGCAGAAACAGCAAGCGAGAUUGCUGGCAGCGGCGAUCGGUGAAGGCGUGAUGAAGAAACUGAAGGAAAAAGACGAGCAGAUUCAAAGAAUGGGGAAGUUGAAUUUAGUCCUUCAAGAGAGAGUGAAAAGCCUAUACGUCGAAAACCAACUAUGGAGGGAUUUAGCGCAAACAAAUGAAGCCACCGCGAAUUCGCUACGCAGCAAUCUCGAACAAGUUCUGCAGCAAGUCGGCGGCGAGGACGGCGGCGUGGUAGCGGUGGAGGACGACGUGGAGUCGUGCUGCGGCAGCAGCGACGGCGGCGAGGCGCAGGAUAAAGAUGAAGGCAGCAGCAGUUGCUAUGGUGACAGGCGGUGCAGGUUGUGUGGGGAGAGGGAGUCGUGCGUAUUGCUGCUGCCGUGCCGGCAUCUCUGCCUCUGUUCCGGUUGCGGGAGUGGGUCCCAGCAGCUGCAGUCGUGCCCCGUCUGUAACUCUAGCAUGACCGCCACAUUGCAUGUCAACAUGUCUUGAAACUUAAUCCCCAUACAAAUUAUACAUUUUGGAUGUAAAUUAGUCAUCUGUAAAUUCUUUUUAGAAAUUAACAGUUGAAAAUCUUUAUUCUUUUUA